AUGUCGGAUUUCCCUCAAGGACCUCUUCCUGCUGAUUGUGAGGAGUCUGUGUUUAACAUUAUCCGCGAUGUGGGUGUUAACGUCCUCACAUUGACAGUCCUACGCAAGCGUCUUGCGGCGAAAUAUAAGAUUGACUUUUCCCCCCACGACGCCGCCGUAGAGAUGGCAGUGCAGAAAUACUUGAGCUCACCCGAGGGGGUGAGAGAGUUGGCGAAAGUAAGGAUGGCAAAAGCGGAAGGGCCUAUGGGUGGAAAGGGAAAGAAGCGAUCUCGCUCACAGAAGGAGGAUGGUAAGGAGUCCAAGAAGAGCAAGGAUGAUAAAGCCAAAAAGGAAAAAAAACCAGACAAUUACCCCAAAGCAGCUUUAUCAGCGUAUAUCAUUUUUGGAAAUGAGCAGAGGGAGAAGAUUAAGGCGGAAAAUCCCGGCAUAGCUAUUACAGAAAUUCUCAAAGAAACGGGCAGGCGCUGGGCCGCUGCUUCCGAAGAGGAAAAGGAACACUACAAGAAGCUGGCGGAGGCCGACAAGGUACGUUUUGACAAAGAGUUGAAGGUCUACCUCGCCGAUGGGGGUCGUGUGUACAAGCGUGGCCAAAAGGACGGCAAGGGGUCGAAAGGCGAAGCUAAAGGCCCCAAACGCGCCUUAUCCUCGUAUAUGUACUUCGCAAACGACUUUCGUGUUAAGCACCCAGAGUUAGGUAUGACUGAGCAAAUGAAGCAGGCUGGGAUGGAAUGGAAAAAGCUGACUGAUGAGGAAAAGAAGCCGUUUGAGCUGAAGGCGGCGCAGGACAAGGAACGCUACCAACGCGAAUGCCAAGAACAAGGGGUAAAGACAAAGUCUAAUAACGCCUCAAAGGCUGUUGCGGCGGAAGACACCCCCAGCUCCUCCGACGCCAGCUCAGAUUCCGACAGUGAUAGUGAUGAAUGA